AUUGGCUAAAAAGUAUUGUGAAUAUAUUCAUCUUAGUUAUUCUUCGGCUGUGAAACAUGACAUUGAAUCAAGAUGUUGGAAAAUUGCGGUUUACUCAUUAAUUGAACAAUUUCGUCAAGAAAACUAUAUAAUCACUUGGCUAUUCUCUGAGUUUAAAACGUUAUAUUAUUAUUGUAGAAGCCUUAUGGUUGAUACAUCCUAUAUUACCGCUUGUGAGCCACUUAUCUGGUCAUUCGAAUCAAAUCGUAAACAGUUUGCAACUCUCGUAACAAGCAAUAAUAAACAAAAGCAAAAAAGCCUUGGUCUUGAAUUUUUUGAUCAGAAUUUAGAAAUAUUUAUAGAUAAAUUAUUCAGAUUGAAAGAUAUUAUAUUCAGAGUUAUAAUGAUACAAAUGGGACAAGAUUUAGAUCCAACAUUUGCUGAAGAAUCCAGGCUCACUUUUACUGUCAUAUAUCAAUUCAUGUCUAAAUAUCUUGACUCUAUAUCGUUUCAGUGUGAAAUCGAUGAUUUUGAGGGCUUGCUUUUAUAUUAUGAGAUUGUGUUACUUUGGAUGGUAGCAAAUGAUGCUUUUAAUAACUUUGCAGAAAAAUCUAAUAAUUGUAUUCGGAGAAAAUUUUUGGACAAAUCUAUUUACCUUGACUUUCGGGAUAGUUUUGUUCGAUUCCUCACAGAAAUUGCCCAUCAAGUAUCUCCAUUUACCAUAAAAGAAAUUAUAGAAUUUCCAUCAAACAUUGAAGAUUCAAAUUCUAUAGAUCGAAAUGAAAAUCCUUCAAAUUUAUAUACUGAAGAUGAUGAAACUAGUCCUGUUACAACAAAAUCUACAGAUUUUUCCAAUAAUGAAUACAUAAGUUCCUCAACACAAAAUUUUCCCAAGAAAAAUACCUCUCAUGUAACUAAAAAGAUGAGAACAUCUUCGUCUUCUAGAAUUGCUGCAGGAUAUACUACAAUUGUGAUAGAUACCAAUUGCCUUAUCGGGGAUCUCAACAUGGUCAAAAAAUUCAUCCAAAGUGAUAAUUGGAUGGUGGUUGUACCUUCGGUUGGUAAGUAA